GGGCGGAGCCUGAUCGCUUGUGUGGUGCUGACGUGCACGCCGUGCGUCGCUGGGGAAGUGGGCGGAGACCCGUGGAACGCGGAAGUCGCCGCUGCGCUCCCUCAGAUUGACCGCGUGUGUCCGCCGGCGCCAUCAGAUGGCCGGGAUCCCGCCGGAGAGCUGGCGGCCGCCGCACGUCUGCCUGGAGACCGGCCUGGGCUCCAUCACGGUGGAGCUGUACUGGGACCAUGCCCCCCAGACCUGCCGGAACUUCGCCGAGCUGGCCCGCCGCGGCUACUACAACAACACCAAGUUCCACCGGGUGAUCCGCGACUUCAUGGUGCAGGGCGGGGACCCGAGCGGCACCGGCCGCGGCGGAGGCUCCAUCUAUGACGGGAAGCACUUUGCCGACGAGAUCCAGCCCGACCUGAAGUUCACCGGGGCCGGGAUCGUGGCCAUGGCCAACGCCGGGCCCGACACCAACGGCAGCCAGUUCUUCCUGACGCUGGGCCCGUCCCCCUGGCUGGACGGCAAGCACACCAUCUACGGCCGCGUCUGCCGGGGCAUGGGCUGCCUCAACCGGCUGGGCAUGGCGGAGACCGACAGCCAGGACCGGCCGCUGGACGACCUCCGCAUCCUCCGGGCCUACCCCGCCGGGUGACCGCGCCGGGCCGCCACUUGGGGGGGCGGGCAGGGAGGACGCCGGGCCGGAACUGUGCUUUCCCAGGAGAUCGCCGGGACUGCUCUGAGCUGGGAGACUGCGCCUUGACAAUUGGAGGAAACACCGGGAUUGUGCUCUGAGCUGGGGGGAGAUAUUGGGGACCGUCCCAAGAGGGGGAGAACAUCGGGACUGCCCUGAGCUGGGUGGGAGAGGGAGACUGCUUUGACAAUGGGAGAAACGCUGGGACUGUGCUCUGAGCUGGGGAUAUUCGGGACUGUCCUAAGAUGGUGGAGCAUGUCGGGACUGUGAUCUGACUGGGGGGCAGAACGUUGGGACUGUGCUCUGCCGGAUAGCCCCGGGCUCCCCAGUUACUGACCCCGCCUGGGCGGCUGCCAUUACCUUCAGGACAUUUAUGUUAUGUGUUUGAUUUUUGUUUUUUACAAUAAAUUGUGUUAUUCCCAUUUUC